CUGUGAGGUGGGAGGCGAAGGCGAGACAGACAUUACGCGAGAAAUAUUACUAAAAGAAGAUUAAAAAUAUAAAAAAGUAAAGUCGGGCCUCUUAUCAAGAAGUAUUAGGGAACAAUAGGCUUUUCCUCCAAAGUCUAAGACCCUCGAUCAAAGUAAGAAGGGGGAGGGGAAAAAAAGGAGAAGAGGAAGGAAGAAGUAGGGGAAGAGGAAGAAGAAGACGAAGAAGAAAGACAGAAAGAGGAAGAAGAGGAAGAGGAACAAGAAGAAGGAGGAGGAGAGCCAGAACAAGUUGCCCGAGAAAUAAUCUAUGUUAAUGAUGACAGAAGGGCCUACUCGCGUGGCUGAUGCUGUGCUGGAGGUGUCACAGUUGGUAUGGGGGCCAAGUAUUCGACCGGAGUUAUUUGCCAGGUGGUCACAAGGCUUCAUAUUCAGUAAUGAUGAGAGAACCGCAUUGAUCCAAACAAGUGGCGGACCUUGUGCUGUCAUUGCCCCUGUUCAAGCCUUCCUUUUGAAAAACCUAAUAUCCAAAUAUCAGUUAUCUCAGCUCAGGGAGAUUGACAGUACAAUAUUGGAUCAACACUUAGCUGCGACACUAACAGAGAUGUUAUGCCAGUGUAAACAGCCGUCCACAUUAGGAAUGCAUUCUGGAGAGAAGCCUGUAUCUCCUACUGAAUCUCUUGAUAAUAGUAAUACUCCCUCUCGUCGGGACCAAGGUCCAUUUGAAAUUGCUUGCCUGGAUGACCCACUGCCUCAAAAUAGUGAUUGCGUGGAAACUGGCCUGCAGGAGCCAGACCAGCCAUCACCUACACCAAGUGCCAAAGAUUAUAGUCUUUUUCAUUCCAGUGUUAGAUUAAGGCAAUUUGAAAGUGCCCACUCGUUGCAGAAUUACCUGGAGACCCACCUGGACAAGUACAAAGCUCAGUACGGAGUGCUCCUCUUCCUGUAUUCUGUCCUGCUUACAAAGGGAGUGAAGGCAGUGCGAGAAGAAAUCGGCGAUCACAACGAGAGCCUUAUAGAUGUGACGCAGGGCCAUGGGGGACAGGGUCUCAUCAACCUCCUGAUAACAGGAAGGGCCUCUGCCUACGUGUGGGAUGAAGAGAAGGAUGUUGGGGGCCUGAAUUUAGUUGGCGUUUUGAAAAGACCAGUGGUAGGGUUUCUGACGCGACUAGAACAUCUCCGUUAUGUUCAGGUGGGCUGGUAUCUCAAGAACCCAACCAACCCCGUUUGGGUGAUUGCGUCUGAAACACAUCUCACAGUUUUAUUCUCAUGGAGUAAGAAGCUGGUAACUCCCGACUCUGAAGUGGAACGAGCCAAGCAGGUCUUUAGCUGGUAUGACACCGAGGGAAACCGCUUCAUUCAGAAGGAGAAACUGAAGGAUGUCCUGGAAAAGCUCAAUAUGUGCACUGAUGAUGAUUUCAUCAGAUUCAUGAUGAAUGAACUGGAUCCAGACAAUAUAGGGGUCAUCCUGUAUCACAAAUUUGUGGAAGCCUUUUUUACUCCAGAGCAGUCAUAUACUCCCCCAGACACAUUUAUAGUAUAUCAUUAUAAUGGCCUUGAAUCAUCUUGUCCUUUGGGGAAGAUUGCAUAUGCCGAGGGAUGUGUCACCCUGCAAGAGAGCCAUGUCGGUUACACCCCAGCCAACUCGGAGUUCCUAACUUGCCUUACGACAAAAUGGCCAAACCUUGAUAUCCAGUGGGCCAGUUUUACUCCAUCUCUGAACUAGCCAGUUAACUUUAAAUGUUAUUGUACUAGUAUGCCACGUUCUGAAUCACAAAUUUAUUAUUGAUCCUACAUUAACGAAGGGGAACAAAAAAUGCAUGAUUUGUAAAUGUAAUCAGUAUGGCCACAGGUUUUUGUAUUUAAAUUUUAUUUGGAAGUACUUCUAUUUUUCUUCUAAUGUUUCAGUUGUGUUCAAGGCUAUAUUUACAGCAAAUAUUUAUUUUUCAUAUGGAUAUGCAUUGUCUGUUUUCAGUCACUACUGUGUUUUUGUAUUUGUGUUACAUAUAUAUAUAUUUUUUUUUUCUUUUUUUUUAAUAAAAGAGGCAAGACUUGAUCUCAGGUUUGGUAUUAGCAAUGCACUUAGAUGAACAAUAUGAUUUUAAUUUUCACCAGAUUUGUUUGUUGGCUUUUGAAAGGCUUUUUUUAAUUUAAUAUCAGUUUGUUCACAUGAAAUUACCAAAUCUCCCUAUGAAGGAUUGGAAUCCUUCAUCUGAAUCAGACCUGAUUAAAGUACAUGACUGGAACUGCGCUAGAUGUUAGUUUUAGUGCACUGUAUUUCUGGUUUGUUUCGGUUUGUGUCCCUCAUGUGGAGAUUUGAAAGCUUCAUGUCAAUGUCAGUGCUUUACUGCAUUAGUCCAUCUCAUGUGUUCACCUUUGUUGAUAAUAUCAGUAGUUGCUGUGGAUACAAUUUUUGUGGGCUCUACCUGUACAUGUAGUGGAGACCCUUUAUGUAAAUUCUAAACUGUUCCUCUUCCUCCCUUCGCUUCUCUUCUUCUCCCUUCCUUCUUUUCCUCCUCCUGUUCCUCCUCCUCCUCCUCCUCCUUCUCCUUCUCCUUCU